AUGAGCAUAUUGGUCGACACAACCGUGUCUCCAUUCUCAAACGAGGCUUCAAGUAGCAAUAUCGCAAGAACUUUCAAGCAUGCAUUGAGCCAAAUUCUUCAGAAGCCGCAUCUGAAGCUAUCAAGUUUAAGCUUGAUCACAGAGGACGACAAAUCGUUACUUGGGAGUUGGAAUACGUCUCCUCCCAGUCAGCCUGCUAGGUGUGUUCAUACCGCCAUUUUGGAUAACUGCUCGAAAUUUCCGCAUAAGCCGGCCGUCAGCGCAUGGGACGGCAAUUUCACAUAUGGUGAACUGGACGAGUUAUCGUGCCGGUUGUCUCAACAAAUUCGCGCAUUGAACCUGUCUCCUGGGACCAUAAUCCCCCUUUGCUUUGAGAAAAGCAAAUGGGUCAUUGUGGCUGUUUUGGGUGUUCUUCGCGCGGGCGCGGCAUAUGCGAUUGUGGAUCCAUCGUCUCCAAUGGCACGAAUAACGAGCGUCUGUGACGACGUCAAGGCAAGCUUGAUAGUCUGUUCUAAAAACUGUCUAGACAAGGCCAGCCGAUUGGUCCAUCAAGUGAUUGCUGUGGAAGAUGCUGUGGAGGAGCCAAUUGUAUUCAAUGAUACAACAUCGAACGACGCGGUAGUCGAGCUCAAUGAUCCUGUAUAUGUGGCCUUCACAUCAGGCUCAACAGGCAGACCUAAAGGCGCGGUCAUCGAACAUGGAGGCUUUUACCAACGAGCCAUGGCUAACGGCCCGACACUAUCAUUGUCAGAAGACAGCCGUAUUCUUCAGUUUGCCAGUUUCGUGUUUGACGUCGCCAAUCGCGACAUUCUCUACACGCUAUUGUAUGCAGGCUGCAUCUGUAUCCCGUCUGAUUGGCAGCGGUCCAACGAGCUCGCGGCCUUCAUUAACAAGCAACAAGUUAAUUGGGCCAGUAUAACCCCAUCAGCCAUCAGGAUUCUGGAUCCAAACGAUGUCCCCACUCUGCGAACAUUGGUUCUCUGUGGUGAGCCGAUGAAUACUAGCUUAGUAGCCAGAUGGGCAGACCGUCUCCACUUGAUCAAUGCAUACGGCCCAUCAGAGGCGACAACAGUCAGUUCUAUGGCCACUGUCACACGAUCUUCUAUGCCCAUGAACAUUGGCAAAGGAUCUGGAAGUGCACUCUGGAUUGUUGAUCCAGCUAAUCAUGACCGCUUGGUGCCGGUGGGUGCUGUGGGGGAAUUGGUGAUCGAAAGCCCCAGUGUGGGCCGGGGGUAUCUCAACCGCCCCGCAGAGACAGCCUCUUCAUUUCUCAACACAACGGCCUGGCUCUCCCAAUUUCGUGCACAGCCCAACCCCAACUAUCUGUACAAGACCGGCGAUCUGGUUCAGUAUGCCGCUGAUGGUACUCUGCUCUUUUUUGGGCGUAAGGAUGGACAGAUCAAGAUCAACGGCCAGCGAGUGGAUCUUGGCGAAAUCGAGCAUUGGAUUCAGCAGUCACUUCCACCUGAUACCCAAGCCAUCAUUGUGGUCGAUUCAGUCGUGCCAAUAGGUCGCGAAACCGCGGUGCUGGUGGCAUUCUGUGCCCCCAAGCAGAACCAUUCAGUAACACUGGACGUUUUGCAAAAGACUAUCCCAGAGCUGGCUCGGUGCCUCGAUCAGUCACUACCGCAAAACCUGCCACCAUACAUGAUUCCAAGAAUUUAUCUUCCGAUACAAAGUAUUCCAACUACUGCAACGGGAAAAACACAUCGACAAGAGCUCCGGCGACUCGGCGCUACGUAUACCUUGGAAGCCCUGACACACGCAUCCCGCCAUCCAACUCAUCCUAGUGAACCUCCAGAUCACAGAUUGAAUACCUCUUCAUCUCGCCUCUUGAUAGAUAUACUGGCUGCCGCGCUUGGAGUCGAUACAUCAUCUGUGCGGGGGCAAGAUAGCUUCCUACGUCUUGGGGGUGAUUCAGUCAUGGCAAUUCAGGUAGCGAUUCAGGCGCGGUCUGAGGGGCUAGACUUGUCAGCUGCGGAUCUUCUUGAGAGUAAAAGUCUCAUCGAACUGGCUGAUCUUGUCCUUAUGCGGCCCAAAGUCUCGAAUGCGCCUAUAAUUCCCGAGCUAUUCUCACUAUGCGACAUGAACACAAUCCGCACUGUUCGUAAACAACUUGCGCAUCUCGAGACCGAAUAUGGCAUUCUUGAUAUCCUCCCCACGACAGCAAGUCAGAAUUUUUUCCUUACUCAAUGGACCCUGACCGGCUACUAUUGCAUGCUCAACGGACCUAUUGAUCUCGACCGGCUCAGAGCCGCAUGCAAAGCUGUGGUCUGCCGUCACAGCAUUCUACGAACGGUAUUCAAACAGCUGUCGGAGCAUGAGUUCGUGCAGGUUGUCUUGAAAAGUGUCAACCCCACUCUGGAAUAUCAUAGAAUUGGUGCUGAAAGGCUGGAAGAUGUUUGUUCCAGGACUGUCACGGAAAUAAUCACAGAGACUGCUCCCGCAUCCGGAAACCUGCUGCCACGCUUCAUUCUCUUAUCGCGGUCGGAUACACAGCACGCCUUUAUAGUCCGAAUUUCUCACGCACAGUAUGACGGCAACACCUCUCCUGUCCUCUUCCAGGACAUAUCACUGGCGUACAACAAUUGUUAUUCCAGCAAAAACGGUACCACCCAUCGCCUUCCAGCAGCAACGCCGUUUCAGCAUUAUCUGUACGCGCGAGAUGCGAGCAGGUCUUCCCCUGAAAAUGACCAGGCAAUGCAAUUCUGGCGUGAAAAUAUGCGAGGGGCAUCCAUGACGACUCUGACUCCGUCACUUACGCAACGCCCAAAAGGCAUAGAGCCAGCAACUCGCGUCAUAACCGCACCCAUCAGUGGGCUUCUGCCUACAGUCUUCGGCAACGUUACGGUGCCAACCCUAGUUAAUGCAGUAUGCAGUCUUCUACUAGCCAGUCUGGCAGGUAGCGAUGAUGUCGUCUUUGGAAAUGUCAUUGACACACGCAGCAUGGUCGCAUUACCUGGCAUCGAAACCACGCUGGGCCCAUGUCUGAAUAUAAGCCCCCUGCGCGCACGCCUGAAAUCCCGACAGAGCACGACGUUCGCAGAUCUCUGCCACUCUCUCAGUGAGCAAUAUGCGGGGGUGGCACGUCAUGCAGCGGCUUGGGACCUACCAGAUAUUGCAAAGUAUUGUACAGAUUGGCCUACAGGUACCCAGAUUGGCUGUAUGCUUAACCAUCUACGGCCGGAUAUCGGGCCCCCACCUCUGGCUCUUGAUGGCGUGGAAUGUUUGACGUUUAGCAAGUCAGUAUAUCUUGAUUUGCCGUGUCAGUUGCUUUUCCGGUGUGUUUCUGGGCCGGAGAAGUUGGACAUUCAGGUUUUGACGGCGAGUUCGCUGAUGGAUCGCCCGUCGGCGACUCGCCUGGCUGAAAGACUUAUAGAUGCUGUCAAAGUGUUGUCGGAGGCACCUAAUACUCUUUUAUCUGACAUACAUGUUUAG